AUGGCUGAUUCUCUGCACAAUGCGCCUAUAGUGCUGGACAACGGGUCGGGCACCAUCCGAGCCGGUUUCGCAGGCGACGACCUCCCCAAGUGCUUCUUCCCAUCAUGGGUUGGCCGACCGAAGCAUCUGAGAGUUCUUGCUGGUGCCCUCGAGGGCGAGGUGUUUAUAGGACAAAAGGCGGCCACGGAGCUGCGGGGUCUUCUCAAGAUUCGGUAUCCGCUGGAGCACGGCAUCGUCACCGACUGGGAUGACAUGGAAAGGAUCUGGGAGUAUGUGUACGGAGAAGGACUCAAGACUCUUAGCGAAGAGCACCCUGUCCUACUGACGGAACCUCCUCUGAACCCACGGAGUAAUCGCGACACCGCCGCCCAGAUCCUGUUCGAGACAUUCAACGUCCCCGCCCUCCACACCUCGAUCCAAGCUGUGUUAUCACUAUACGCCAGUGGCCGUACGACGGGUAUCGUUCUCGACUCGGGUGAUGGUGUCUCGCACGCAGUGCCGGUUUACGAGGGUUUCGCUAUGCCCAGCAGCAUCCGCCGUAUCGACGUUGCUGGCCGAGACGUGACGGAAUAUUUGCAGACGCUCCUACGAAAGAGCGGAUAUAUCUUCCAUACGAGUGCUGAGAAGGAGGUUGUGAGAUUGAUCAAGGAGAGCGUUUCGUACGUUGCUCAUGACCCGAAGAAGGAGGAGAGAGAUUGGGCUGGAGUGAAGCCCAAUGAUAGCAAGUUUGCUGAAUAUGUGCUCCCUGAUGGCCACAAGCUCAAGAUUGGCGCAGAGCGGUUCAGAGCCCCUGAGAUUUUGUUCGACCCCGAGAUUAUUGGUCUUGAAUAUCCUGGUGUCCACCAGAUUGUCGUCGAUGCGAUCAACCGAACAGACCUGGACCUUCGAAAAUCGCUCUACAGCAACAUUGUGCUCUCAGGUGGUAGCACACUCACCAAGGGCUUCGGUGACCGUCUCUUGACGGAGCUGCAGAGACUGGCCGUCAAGGACAUGAGGAUAAAGAUCUUUGCGCCGCCUGAGCGCAAGUACUCGACAUGGAUCGGAGGCAGCAUUCUGGCCGGUCUGAGUACCUUCCGAAAGAUGUGGGUGAGCAUCGAUGACUGGCACGAGAAUCCCGACAUCAUCCACACCAAGUUCACAUAA